UACUGCUCAUUUCUGAGUUUUCUGAGAUGGAGCUCCGUGGCUCGCCGCAUCUUGCUGGACUUCAGAGAAAACUCGCCGAACACCGCACAUUUGAAGGCUUGUGUACGACACACUAAGGCCGUCCCCAAAUAAAACCACAAGAAACGUAUUGUGCAUUAAGUACUUUAUCAAUAAAUGUGAGUAUUUUACUGCUUCGUUAGGAGGUCCUAUUUUUAAGAUUAUCCUAGAAACCUUUCUGUCUCAUUUAUAGCCACCAUAGAUGUGGCCCCACCAAAACUUUUGUGUUUACUACAAGCCAACAUAGUCCUCUACAAAAUAUGUGAAUUCCAUUACUGUAAGUGACACGGGCGUAUUAGAAAGAUUUUCCCACAUUUUUGUUAACGUUUUGUGACAGUUAUGAGCAAUGAUUUUUUAAAACACAAUGACUAAUGCAUCCUUAAUAAAAUCUAACCCAAAAUUGGCUACCUAUCCCAACCUUAUUAAAAAUGCAUGUAUCUACCUGACUCAUCAUCACAUCAUUGCUGACAUUGUUGGGUACUAAACACUAGUAGGGAGAACAUUUAGUACUCUCAAUAACACAACUAGCAUCAUCAUUUUCAAAUUAUUCAGUUACACACUUAAAGUUAUUUUCAUCAUAACCAGCAUGAUCUGCCAUAUUGGUGAAUGCUGAGAGUCUCAUCCAACCAGGACCAAGAAGAAAUCAAGUGUUACUGCCUCAGUAAACAAAAGAACAUUGUGAAUCAGGUUAUUGAGGGUGCAGAACCUUUACUAUGGUUUAUGAGUGGAGGUCAGACUGGGCAGCAGCCAUGGGGUCAACCGAACAGUGGGCAUGUGAAGAGCUGGAGCGUAUAGGUCUCUGUGAUCCCCAGGUAAUCAUCCAUUACCUUCAACCCAUUGAGGAUGCUGCUGAGGUGAGGGAAUACCUGACAUCCAUGCUGGAUACCUCUGAACCCUCACACACCAGGUUCAUAGAGGAGUUCUUGCGCAGGCAACAGGAGGCAAAGGCAAGCAAGGACUUGAGGUUUUAUCGUAAGCCAGACCUUGAAGCUGACUCUAUCAAGGUCACUGACAAGAAGAAGCAAAAAACACCAAAAGAGGGGAAUGGGAGAGGACAGAGAGAAAGUUCUAAUUGUGUUGUCACUACUCCCCCAUCCUCCACACUCUCGUCUAACACCACCUCUAACUCAUCAUCAGGGAAGAAAAAGACAAAAUUUGUUAACCUAUACUCUGAGGAUGGAGCAAACAGGGAUGUUGUGUUGCUAAGUGGGCGGCACCGCUGUGAGUGCCAGGCCUUGCGACAUCGCUUGGUGGGAAAUUGCUUGCGUUGUGGCCGUGUGGUGUGCCAACAGGAGGGCUCUGGCCCAUGCCAAUUUUGUGGUAACCUGGUGGUGACGAGGGAGGAGAGGGAAUUGCUCAACCGUGGAUCAAAGAAAUCAGAGGCUUUGCAACGACGACUCCUAAGUGACAAAAAUGCAAUGGUCAAGGAACUGCCACCACCAGAGGAGCAGACAGAUGCCUUGCAGAAGGCAGUUGACCACAAGAAUCGGCUCCUAGAGUUUGAUCGAACAAGUGAACGGCGAACGCGUGUUUUGGAUGACGAGAGUGACUACUUUAGCCUCGACUCGCGCUGGUUGGCUGAAGGCGAUCGGGAGAAGCUACGGCAGCGAGAGGAGGAGCUGAGGGCCAAAAGGUUCUCGCGAGGCGGUCAGACAGUGACGAUUGAUUUGGUGGGCCGGCGAGUGGUGGAGGAUAUGCAGACUACAGCAAUUUACAACCCUGAUGACCCACUGGUGAAGGAAGUGUUGGAGGGGAGGACCAGUGACAUUUUCUCUGCUCCAGACAGGGAGGAGAGCGGACCGAAGGUAGAAGUGAGUCGACCAAUGUAUCAAGACACUGGCCUGACCACCACCAGCACACACAGGGUUGGCAGGAAGUUUGGUGGACCUCUUCGUGUGCAAGACCGAGAAUUGCAAGAGAUGAGGGAUGAGGGUAUGUGCCUCAGUAUGCACCAGCCCUGGGCGAGUCUCUUAGUGGCUGGGAUAAAGAUCCAUGAGGGACGCACAUGGUAUUCUGCCCACCGCGGAAGACUGUGGAUUGCUGCUGCAGCCAAAAUCCCUCAGUUGGAGGAAAUACGACAACUUGAAGACCAGUAUCGUGUUCUUUUAGGCAAGGAGAACAUAACAUUUCCCCAGCACUAUCCUCCAGGCUGUCUGCUGGGAUGUGUUGAUGUUGUUGAUGUCCUGCCACAGGAAGAGUACCGGGAGAGAUUUCCUGAGGGUGAGAGCGAGUCUCCCUAUGUCUUUGUUUGCCAAAAUCCACAGGAGAUGGUCAUAAAAUUCCCAAUCAAAGGACAGCACAAACUAUUUAAAUUGGAGUCCAAAAUUCACCAAACAGCAAAGAAGGCACUGAGGCAUACUUAAUAGAGAGAGAGAGAGGAGGGGGAGGAGAACUGUGUGUGUAUUUAUCUAGUUGUAUGUUACAGGGUUUGAGCGGGGCUCUUAGUGACCUGUCUCCACAUCUACAUUUAUCUAUCUUUUCCUUAAAUUUAUGCACACUUUCUGCUGUUACAAUCUUUUCACUUAAUCUAUUCCUGAUGUCCACCAUGUGUGUGUGUGUGUGUGUGUAAAGAAAUGAGUAAAUGAGUGAAAGAGGAAAACACACAUACACACACACACACACACACACACACACACACACACACACACACACACACACACACACACACACACACACACACACACACACACACACACACUUACACCUUUAUGCUCCUUCAGUGUUGGGAAACAUUGUCAUUCAAGGUGACUCCAUCAAAUAGAAACAUAGCACACCACCAACAUACUAAAACUUCAAGAGCAGUUGGAUGAAAGUACGAUAGUUUGUUAAAGGUUCUCAACACCAACCUCACUUUUGACCUCCAGGAAAGAAAUGCACUAUAGUCACACAAUUGUACUCUUGGUAAUUCAUCAUUCAUCUCAUUUAUGUAUUCUCCCAUGUUUGGGGUAAGGGACGGCAAGGGAACUGGGAAUCCUCUCUUUAGCAUUCUUAUUUCUAGAAGGAGACCAAAAUGUGAUGUCUCUGGGCUGCCUCUGUACAGGGAAUCUUUGCCUGGUGUCUUAAGGGAAUGCUUUAUGUUAUUCAGCAAGAUAAAAGAAAAUACAUAACAAAUCCAUGUGUUAAGGAAUAGUGCUUAGAUACGUAUUUAGUAAAAUGAAAUACAUAACAAACACUUUGUCUUGAAGGAAUGGUUUGUAUUAUGUUGAUUGAGAUGAAAAAAUACAUUGAGAAAUAAAGGAAUGGUAUGUAUAUAUUCAGUGAGAUAAAGAAAAUGUAUUACAAAUAUAUCUUCAUAUUCAAUGAGAUAAACAAAAAUAAAUAAGUACAUGUAUCUUCAGUAAAAUAAAAGGUAAAAAAAACAAUAAUGAAUAAAUAAAAA